AUGGCACAGGCAGACCUUUGCAGCUACUGCGACAAGAUACCCUUUUCGGAAUUUGCAGCCGGAACGCGAGACGACCGUCGGAGGGUGGACAAGUCGGACAAUACGUAUUGCUUGGGAGCUGCGUCUCGCAUCCUCCAGAGCGAUUGUCCGUUUUGCCUGUUAGCAUGUGAGGCAACGCUGCUGUACAGAAACCUCAACUCGUCGCGCCUUCCCCUGUCCCCCGGCCGAGAUGUUGAAGUGGUCUGGGCUCCUCGAACCGUUACGCGGACAAGAGGCGGGUUCGUCAUCACGGGUCAGGAGGACGUCUGGCUGGCCUUUGGGUCAGAUUCAUGUUCCUCCGCCUCCGGUGCAAGCCCACCGCACUCGUACCUCCUCCCAAAACUCCCCGUUGAGCUCGAUGUGUCGAGGGUGGCUGGAUGGAUCGACCACUGCACAUCUCACCACAUCUGUGUCUUAUUUCCGCAUACGAUGAUGUUUGGCGAGGCCUUCCCCGGAUUGCGCUUCCUACGAUUCAUCGACACGAUCCGGGGUUGCAUCGUCCAGAAGACCGAACCCGUCCAGUACGCGGUGCUCAGCUACGUCUGGGGCUCCUACCCGACCUUCCGACUUACCAAGGCAAAUCUGGACAAACUCAUGGUGCCCGGUGCCCUUCUCGAGUUCCCUAGACGGCUGCCCAGGACGCUCCAGGAUGCGAUUCUCUUGGCCAAAAGACUAAACAUCCGCUUCCUCUGGGUCGACGCGCUGUGCUUGCUGCAAAAUAGCUCGGACGAUCUCGAAAAGGGCGUUAACGUCAUGGAUCAGAUCUACGAGCGAGCAUGGAUUAGCAUUGUGGCGGCAAAUGGCCACGACUCCAAUGCCGGCCUUCCCGGCGUGCAGCCGGGGGAGCGAGCGGGACGAGUUCUUGUCAAGCAGGUAAAGCAGGGGGUCUCCAUGGGGGUCUACGUGGGCACGGAGCUCCAAUUGCAGAGGAGUGUAUAUGAAACCAGGGCAUGGACGUUCCAAGAGCACGUUCUAUCUCGACGAAUCCUAUAUUUCUUCCCCGACUCGGUCGUUUUCCGCUGCCGCGAAAGUGAGUUCCUCGAAGUCUGCGCCGACGACCCCACGCUCGGACGGCAGGAAGCCAGCCUGACAUCCAUGCUCGCCGAUGCCAUCAUUACCACCGACGGUCCGGCGCAUCAGUACGAAGUUUUCCUCCUCUACUACACCCGCCGCGCCCUGACAAACGACGCCGACGCCCUCCGCGCCAUGGCGGGCAUCCUGCGCCGCCUCUCCCACAAGCUCCGGUGCCGCAUGCUGCAGGGCCUUCCCACCAGCCAGUUCGACAGGUAUGUUCUGCUACGCGGCCCGGCGGCUGGCCGUCGACGUGGGUUUCCGAGUUACUCGUGGGCCGGGUGGCGGGACUCGCUUGGGUUCUUGCGUAUCGGAACCAUUGAUACACGCGGCUGGCUACGCGACCAGACGUGGAUUGUCUGGUAUAAGGGGAGUCCCGCCGGGGUGGUAAGCCCUGUUUGGGAUCCCGCGGAGAAUCUGGAAUUUGUCCCGUUCCGGGGUCUCCGGACAUCGCGGACCAUGCCCACUCUGGACCUGGGCCCCGGCCCUGUCGACACUACCGAAACAAGUCAGGCCGGCGCCGAGCCGCCACGGCUGUAUCCAUACCACCUAUUGCAGUUCUGGACUAUAGUCAUCUACGUCAAGCUACAGAACAUUGAUGUCUUUUGGCCGCGAGGAGACCUUAUUGGCACGGAUGGGCGUCGGUGUGGAAGGUUAGGAUUAGACGGGUUUCAUGAAACAACAUUUUUCGAGUCCGAGCGACCGUUCGAGGUCAUUCUCCUCUCGGAGUCGCAAGGCGAUGAGGACGAGGUGCACUGGACGGUGCGGCCGAGAGAGUGGAAGGCCUACCACGUCAUGGUCAUUGAGUGGCAUGGUGGGGUUGCUGAGCGGCGAGGCUUGGGGACCGUGCUCAAAUCGGCUGUCCAUCGAAGCUUCAGCCCUGGACCUGUCUGGAAGGAGGUGAUUAUGGGGUGA